AUGAAAGAACUUUUUAUCGAAUACCAAAAAAACUUUCCUGAUCAAUUGCUCUCUGAUACAGUUAACGUAUAUCAAUUUCUAGAAAAAAAUCGUCUAAAAGCAGAACUGCAAAUACUUUACGAAAGAGAAGAGUUGCAAACCAUUUCUAGAGUCAUUCUUCUAUUAUCAUUCGUUUCGCAGGAAGAUAUGAAGUACACUUUUCAAGAAACUAUUAAAUUACUGGAAGUUUCAGUGACAACAUCUAUGUCAACAUCCGAAGCUGAAAGAUGUUUCUCUAUGUUAAAGAGGAUAAAAACUUUUUUACGCAACUCAUUAAAGAAGAAAGACUAA